AUGGCUCUCCCCUUUCGCCCCUGCGGAUCCGCCGGGCGGAAUAUUUCCCUCCUCCCUCGCCAUGUCCCGAAGAGCAUAACCACACAAGUCAAUAGAGUCUGGUACCACUCCUCCGUAUCUACAGAUGAGCUCACCCAUUUCUCCUCCCUAGCUAGCAGCUGGUGGGAUCCGUUGGGGCCGUCGCGCAUCCUACAUCUCAUGAACCCCCUCCGCCAUGACUUUAUAGCGUCCUGUAUUGCGGAAUCUAAUCCCCUCUCUUCUCAUAACUACGAGACAAGCGACAUACUUACCAACAGCAGUGGUGCGAAUGGAACCGCAUCCACAAAUACCAACCGGGGCCUACGGUACCUCGACAUAGGAUGUGGAGGCGGCAUCUUCGCUGAAUCCCUUGCACGCACUAUCCCACCACUUCCACACAUAGGCACAAGCGCAAAUUCAAACAUAAACCAAAAUUUGUCACCUGUAACCCAGGCUUCCUCAAUCCUAGCUAUCGACCCCUCCCCAGUAAUGAUAAAGAUCGCAACCUCUCAUGCCCGCGCCGACCCACUUGUUCAUUCCCACCUUCAAUCAGGCCGAUUUAAAUAUGAAAACACAACACUAGAAGCGCUUCUUGCCUCGAAUUCCCCUUCGCCCGCAUCCACAUCCGCAUCCGCAUCCGCAUCAUCUUCAUCUUCAUCCUCAUCCUCGCCGUCACUCCAACAGCCCUCCCAACCCCCAUCGACAUCGACAUCCACAUCCACAUCCCCAUCUUCCCCACACCUGCAGUUCGACAUAAUAACUCUUUUUGAAGUCCUCGAACACGUCAACCCACACACAUCCUCCCCACGCUCCUUCAUAAAGCAAUGCCUCCAACUCCUACAACCGGGAGGCUGGCUUAUAGGCUCGACAAUCGCGCGCACACUGCCGUCAUACAUUCUUAAUCAGGUUAUUGCGGAAGCACCAUGGCCGAUUGGUGUGGUGCCGCGGGGCACGCAUGAAUGGGAUAAAUUUGUGAACGAGGAUGAAUUGAAGAGGUGGGCUGGGAAGGGGCUGAGGGAGAUUGAUGGGAGUAGUGACGGUGGAGAUGGAACUGGGAUGAGGUGGAAGUGUGUGGGAGCGAUCUAUUUUCCCGGGUUGGGGUGGAAGUUGAUUCCUGGGACGGAGAGGUUGGGGAAUUAUUUUUGGGCGGUGCAGAGAGGGAGGGCCCCCGAGUAG